AUGAUUCAACAAGCAUACCGUGUUAUUGAUCCCCAAAAUGGCUCCCUACCAUCACCUCUAGGGAACAAGGAAAUCGAAUCGGAAGUCGAGAUUCCUGUUUCAAAGGCGACGAAGCUGAUGAUUUGGGUCAAUCAUGCAUGGCAUUGGAUAGCAACACCCAAAGGCUUCUUCAUUACCAUUUACAGCCUGAAUGUGGUGGCCUGGGGAGGGAUGCUUUUUCUGUUAAUGUGCAAUGCAGCCCCUGCAAUGUGCCACCCCACCUGUAACGACUUAUAUUCGUCACGCCGAAUCUGGAUCGAGAUCACAUCGCAAAUCCUCAACGGGUUGUUCUGCAUUACAGGGUUCGGAUUCGCACCAUGGAGACUGAGGAAUCUUUACUGGUGGUUCUGCUGGCGGUUCGGCGCACGCCAGAAGAGCCGCUCUGGUAUCGCACAUUUGGCUAGCAUAUAUCAAGCGUGGUGUCGUCCCCCGGAGUCUGUAUCAGGUAUCUGCCGUGACAAUGAUAGAGAGUGCGGUCCGGCCACAUCUCCAUGGAAAAUAGACCUGGUUAAAAACGUCAGCCUUGUUGCAUACCAGCUACAGAACUGUUUUAAAUGCCUGGAUUCAGGGGUGAGCUUCAGCCGCUUUACGAUGCAGGCCCUGGGUAAAACAUCUACAGCUCCAAGGAGCAUGAAGGCUGACGUAGGCGAGACUAUAUCCUUCUACUAUCACAUAAUUAUAAUAUCACAGGCUGGAUAA